GAUUGUAUAUAUCGUGUUGUUGCGAGAGGUGACAUGAUUUCUAGGAUCCCCCCUCGGUCUCAGUCACUUUGGGUACAACCUAAGGGUGAAGUUUGGAUCUUUAACUUUGAUGAACCUUAUACGGAACAUGCUUUUGUAUGUAGUGGAAAUGAUAAUCCGAAUUGUUCACUUAGCAUCAAUCCAUAUUUAUUUGAUCAUAUGGGUCCAUUUUUUG